AUGGAAAAGCCACCUGCUGCUUCUGGAGAUAACAUCACCAGCUCUGACAAAAUUCAGACAUGGAAUUUGAGAGUUUAUGUCCACUGUGAAGGAAGCAAGAGGAAAAUCUUCAAACUUCUUCAGAGCAUUGAUGGUGUUUAUAAGACGGUUAUAGACUCAAAGCAGCACAAGGCUACAGUUACCGGAUUGAUCAAUGGUGAUACUCUCGUCCAGAAGCUUCUCAAAUCCGGUAAGCACGCUGAAAUUUUGACAACAGACAAUGCUUCUGGAAAGAAGAACGACGCCAUAACCACAGCUGAUGAUGUCGAUGAAGAAUCUGAAAAUGAUCAAAAAAUAACCGAGCCAGCUGCCAGUGGUGGUGGUAAAUAG